AUGAUUAAGACAAAAAAAGUUUUAUGGAUAAAAUGUAGAAAAGCAAAAUUUAGAGAUCAAGAACUUGAGGCGAAAUAUAAAAAUAUAAAAAACACAACGAAAAAGGCUAUUAAAAAUGAAAUUGUUAAAUAUGAGCACACAAUAGCUAAAAAUGCUAAGAAGUAUCCCAAAAUAGUUUACCAAUAUAUGAAUAAUAAAACUCAAAUAAAAGAUUAUAUUCGAGCUAUUGAGAAUAACAAUGGAAUAGUUAUUACCAACCUUUCUGAGAUUGCUAACGAACUAAACAAUUUUUUCAGCUCAGUUUUUACUAUUGAAGAUAAAAACCUCCCAGAGUUUCCAAAACAGUGCGUUGUUUUAUUCCCAAAUCCUACAAUCGAUAUUGAAACAGUUAGUAAGAAGCUUGCAACUCUGAAUGUUUAUAAAUCAACUGGAGUAGACAUAAUACACACUAGAGUUUUAAAAGAAUGUUGCAAAAGUGUUUCAAAACCACUAUCAAUUAUUUUUGAUCGCUCUUUUUCGAGUGGCAUUGUUCCAUGUUUAUGGUUAUGUGCAAAUAUUACCCCUCUGUUUAAAAAAGGAGAUAAAUUAAAAGUAACAAAUUACAGGCCGGUAUCACUCACAUCAAUAGUGUGCAAAGUGAUGGAAAGCAUAAUAAGAGACACGCUAAUGAAUCAUCUGACUAAAAAUAGUAUACUCUCUGAUUCUCAACAUGGUUUUGUAUCAUCCAAAAGUUGUUGCACAAAUUUACUUGAAACAUUUGAUAUAAUAACUCAGAAAAUUUAUCUGUAG